UUCCAUAUCUCAUUCGCUUAAAUUAAUAAUCUUGUUUUGGAUGGCCUCAACCAACCAUAAUUCUAGUUUCUCUCAUUCCUUCUGUCCCUUAAUCGCGAAGCAAACCUUAAUUUCUUCCAUGGGAAUGGAACCAACGUGCGUCGACACUUCGCUCAACCUUAACGUUAUUCCCUCUCCACACAUCGCGGAAGAAGUUUUGGUUGAAGAGUUGCGGCGUUUAAGUAAUGAGAACAAGAGAUUAACUGAGACGCUGAAACACGUUUGCGAGAACUAUGUUGCUUUGCAGAAACAUUUAAAUGAAUUCAGCCAACUGAGGAACGCAAAUUUUGAUAAAGAAGCAGGAACAGUACCGUCACUGAAGAGAAAGGCCGAGAGUGUGAAUCUGUUUGGUAUUAACAACUAUACUGAGUGCAGCACCAUCACUGAGGAAGAAACAUUCAAAAGGCCCAAGCAUAGCACCGAGCCAAAGGUUUCCAAAGUUCUUACACGAACAGAUGCAUCUGAUACCGGCUUAUAUGUGAGGGACGGAUAUCAGUGGAGAAAAUAUGGUCAAAAAGUCACCAGAGAUAACCCUUCUCCUAGGGCUUACUUCAAGUGUUCAUAUGCCCCAAGCUGCCCAGUGAAGAAGAAGGUGCAAAGAAGUGUAGAAGAUCCAAGUGUGUUGGUAACAACUUACGAAGGAGAGCAUAACCAUGGGCAAUAACAUUAAACUGAAGAAAUAUCAGUGAAUUCAUCAAGCAAAAUUAAAGUGAAACCCCUGCAGUAGUUUCACCCUCGGCCAUGAAUAUUAUUCGGAGUAGGGUCCAAUUGUAACGCUUGACUUGGUCCAGUCAAAAGUGGUUGACAUUAAUGCGCAAAACUCAUCUUUCCAGCAGUUUUUAGUUCGACAAAUGGCUACUUCUUUGACAAGAGAUCCUAAUUUCACAGCUGCACUUGCUUCUGCCAUCUCAGGAAGAAUUCUAGACGAUACUUCUGUGGGAAAACGCUGAACUAUUAAGAGAUAUGUAUUUCACUGAUGAACAUAUAUGGAUUUUGUCACCUUGCUUGCUUGCUUUAAUUUAAUAACAGCUAGCGAGUACUAUUAAUCUAUGCAGCAUCUACAAUAUUUCUAUUA